AUGUCCAACCCACCACGAUCUUUAUCCCUAUCUCCCCUCCCAGAAUUCGAGCCGGAACCCGCCCCCUCCCCCGCAAAAACCCCAGCAGGAAAAUGGCAACACGACGCACGCUCCGGCCCCCGAAAAGUCCUCGCAGCAGGCAAAGGUCGUCAACCCUACUGGACCGCCGAGGAACUCCGCUAUCUGAUCGAAACCGUCGUGCCUAAGAAGGAAAAGGAGUUUUUGAGCUGGAAAGAAGCCGCGGCGCUGAUGCAAGAACAGUUCCCGGAUCGUCGCACCUUUACGGCGGUUACGUUGACAAAUCAGUAUGGCCGGUUGAAGAAGAAUCCGGUUGAUACGGCGAUGAGUAGACCAGUUGUUAAGCCCAAGGUUAAGCAGCGACCUGGACGGCCACGGAAGAAUGGCGGGACUGGUUUAGGUGGACAAGAAGAGGGUGUGGAUGGAGGGGUAGAUGGGGGUGCUGGAGGGGAGGUGGUUGUGAAGAUGGAGGAGGAGGAUGGUGUUAACAUACCUGAGAAAAAGUUGUUGUCGGAUAUGACGUCAAAGGAAAUUAGGGAGAAGGUUUUCUACUUGCUUGAGCGUGCUCAGGAGAGGUACCAGGCAGCAUCUUCUGAAACUCCGACCUCAUUGGAAGACCCUGGUUGUGCGAUCAAAAUCGAGGAUAUGGACUAG